ACCAAUACUGAGGUCCUUUCUGGCUCAAAUGAAACUUGGAAUUUUAGCUUUGAAUGUUGUCCUGCUGUCAUGACUGUGGUGAUUGGAUUUGAAGGCAGUGCCAAUAAGAUCGGUGUGGGAAUCAUCAGAGAUGGGGAGGUUCUGUCCAAUCCCAGGCGGACGUACAUCACCCCUCCUGGUCAAGGAUUCCUGCCCAGCGACACAGCCAGGCACCAUCGUGCCGUCGUCCUAACAGUCCUGAAGGAGGCGCUAGACCAGGCGGGGCUGCAGCCAGCUGACAUCGACUGUGUGGCCUACACCAAAGGUCCUGGUAUGGGCGCCCCCCUGGUGACAGUGGCUCUGGUGGCCCGUACCGUGGCCCAGCUGUGGGGUAAACCUCUCCUCGGUGUGAACCACUGUAUCGGACACAUAGAGAUGGGUCGCCUCAUCACCAGGGCCAACAACCCCACGGUGCUGUACGUCAGUGGAGGGAACACACAGGUGAUUGCAUACUCUGAGAGACGCUACAGAAUAUUUGGAGAAACCAUUGACAUCGCGGUGGGGAACUGUUUGGACCGGUUCGCCAGAGUUCUAAAGAUCUCCAACGACCCCAGUCCGGGCUACAACAUAGAGCAGAUGGCCAAGAAAGGCAGUCAGUACGUGGAGUUACCUUACACUGUCAAAGGAAUGGACGUUUCAUUCUCAGGGAUUCUGUCCUACAUUGAGGAAGCUGCUCACAGACUCCUGACCUCUGAUCAGUGUACGGCGGAGGACCUGUGCUUCUCACUGCAGGAAACGCUGUUCUCCAUGUUGGUGGAGAUCACGGAGCGGGCCAUGGCCCACUGUGGGUCUCAGGAGGUUCUCAUCGUGGGCGGGGUUGGCUGUAACCUGCGUCUUCAGGAGAUGAUGGCGGUCAUGUGUGAGGAGCGAGGCGCCAAACUGUUCGCCACGGACGAACGGUUCUGCAUAGACAACGGGGCCAUGAUCGCUCAGGCCGGCUGGGAGAUGUUCAGGUCGGGUCAGGUGACGGAGCUGGAGGACUCCUGGGUCACACAACGGUACAGAACCGAUGAAGUGGAGGUGACGUGGAGACCCUGACCCACUGGGACCUGGACCCCCCCACCCCACACCGCCCCCUGGAGGUUAACAUCCUGCACUGUGGGUUCAAAUGGUUCUGUUUUUGUAUUUGACGUCAGUUCAUUAAAGUUGUUCCCAGCAGUAAUUAAUUAUUAUUAAUUAACAUUAUUAAUUAACAUGAUUACUUAACAUGAUUAUCCCCUGUUGUAAAGUGUAAAAUAAUUGGACUUUAAUUCAAACCAGAUCCUUUUGUUACUUGAACACCUAGUGGAGUACAGGUAGAACUACUAGUCAGUUUCUGUGUCAAGUUUAAUUCAUUUUUAUUGAGCAAUACCGUUCAUUUACAUUUUUUUAUCUCCAGUGUCAUUUUUAUUCAAUAAAUUUUGAAAAAACAAAAAAAACAAAAACACUGGACGCUGA